AUGACCAGAAAUCAGCGGCCAAUUCCCAGAAGUCGCAGAUCUUCCUCCUAUGAUCGAAGGCUCCCGCGAUCUCGUACCAAUUCCAUAACAUCCAUGGACUCUUCAGCAAGUCAUAUUUUGGAUGAUAACAAUUAUGAAAUGUUCUCUGGGGCAGCAUCAGAGGUCAUUCCAUCCUCAAUAACUUCUUUGCAUUAUCCCCAUAGUUUUGGUAACAGAAGAGUAUCUAUCGUGUCUCGUGAGACUUCGCCAUUGCUUAGUGCAGAUGAAAACAACAUAGACUUGAGGUCGGUAACUUCUUCCACGUCGAGAAGAUCUGAUGAGACUCAAUCACAAUUCAGGUUUUUUUCUCCAGAUGAGAUUGAAAUGGCACAAGGUGGUUCUACACUAGAGAAUCCAGAAGAUCCUGUUGAUUAUAACACAAAUUGGGAUUAUUCUAUUGACAAGUUUGCCGGUGACGAAGAAGCUUCACAGGCAGAAGCAGUUUUUGACGAUGAUUAUUCUGGCAGGAUGCAAAGCCCUGAAGCUCCCGAUUAUGGGUCAAUGAAUUUUGAGCGACGGAAUCGUCGUGAUUCAGAUGCAAGUAGCGACAAAUCAGAUCUAAUUGAUGAAGACGGCGGCGAAACAAAUCAAAUUGACGAAGACUUUUAUCAACAGUAUCCCGCUAAACUCCACUCUCAAAGAUAUUAUCUUGCAGAAGAGGAUAUAGUUGUUGGUAUUGCCGGGUACCGCAACUGUUGGUGGAAGAGGUAUUUAUAUUACUUAUUAUGUAUCAGCACUUUAGGAGUGAGCUUUUUGAUAUUAAGAUGGUUCCCCAGAUAUAGAGUCAACUUUAUGGGCUCCAGGUGUCCACUAGGCUUGGCUGAUUGGUGCGUUAUUGAAAACGAGUUUGGUGAACUUCAAAUCAUAGACAUUAAGAAACAACGUUUCAAUGAGAGACUUUCCAACUUUUUAACUAUCCAUGAAGACAAAGGACAGAUUGACCCAGUAGUACCUUAUGUUAACUCAUUUAUUUACCGGUACAUUAAAUUUUACUAUGAUCCAAUGGAGGAUAUUUUUCGAACAAAUUCCAAUUGGUAUGACACACGCUGGUUGAAUAUUAAAACUUUGAAAGAGGGAAUUUCACAAUCGCUCCAAGAACAAAGGCUUGAAAUUUUUGAUUUCAACAAAAUUGAGAUUGAUGAAAAGUCAACCAUGCAAUUGCUUGCGGACGAAGUUUUACACCCAUUUUACGUCUUUCAGAUAUUUUCGAUUUUUUUAUGGCUUGCAGAUAACUAUUACUAUUACGCCUCAUGUAUAUUCAUCAUUUCCAUGGUAUCAAUAAUAAACUCAUUGAUGGAAACCAAGUCUACAAUGAAGAGAUUACAACAAAUAUCGAAAUUCGAGUGCGAGGUGAGAGUUUGGAGAAAUGGAUUCUGGAAACAAAUCGACUCCGCGGAUCUAGUACCCGGUGACAUUUUUGAGAUAGAUCCUUCUUUAAGUGUUAUUCCUUGUGAUUCCUUGCUCGUUAAUGGAGAGUGUGUUUUGAAUGAGUCGAUGUUGACGGGUGAAAGUGUGCCAGUCACCAAAGCGCAAGCCACAAAGGAUAUUGUCAAACUUUUGCCUCAAAAUUUUAUCGACCCCAACUUGUCGAGGUCCUAUUUAUUCAAUGGGACCAAGUUACUAAAGAUGAAGUCGGCCAAUGAUGAACCUGUUAUUGCUAUGGCGUUGAAAACAGGGUUUAAUACUACUAAGGGAUCAUUAGUUCGAUCCAUGAUGUUUCCUAAACCCACAGGAUUCAAGUUUUACAGAGAUUCUUUCAAGUAUAUUGGAUUCAUGACAGUAAUCGCUGCCUUGGGUUUCACAUACUCCACCUACAAUUUUAUUAAACUUGGCCUAAGCAAAAGAUUAAUGAUUUUGAGGGCAUUGGAUAUAAUCACAAUAGUGGUGCCACCAGCGCUUCCGGCAACAUUGACCAUAGGAACUACGUUUGCCAUCGCUAGACUCAAAAAGUUGGAUAUAUAUUGCAUUGCACCCACACGUGUGAAUAUUGGUGGAAAGCUAGAUGUCAUUUGCUUUGAUAAGACGGGUACUUUGACGGAAGAAGGAUUAGACGUUUUGGGUGUCCAUCUAGCCAAUAAUGCAAAAGGAAGAAAAGAGAUUAUUUUCGAGGACUUGGUCACCGAUGCACUGCUUCUAAACCAAAACCGUGGUGGUAAUCAUGAAACAAACAAUGGCGAUUUCUUAUUGCAGUGUAUGGCUGCUUGUCACUCAUUAAGACAUAUAGAUGGCGAACUAAUGGGGGAUCCGUUGGACGUGAAGAUGUUUGGAUUUACAAAGUGGGAUUACGAGGAAGACCAGAGUUCGGGUGCGCCAAUUGUUUCCAAAGGAGCACACAGCCUCAAUAUUGAAAGAGAGUUUGAAUUUUUGGCACCAUUGAGACGAAUGUCAGUGAUUUGCAAGUCAAGCGUAGAGAAAUAUGUGUUUACAAAAGGUGCUCCGGAAGUGAUGAUAGAUAUAUGCAUACCAGAGUCCGUGCCGUCUAACUAUGAAGAAUUGCUACAUCAUUAUACACACUUGGGUUUCAGGGUCAUAGCUUGUGGUUACAAAAAUAUUGAAAAAUCUAGUAUUGAUAGAUCUGAUGCUGAAUCUGACUUGAUUUUCACAGGAUUUAUCGUCUUCGAAAACAAACUUAAGCCCUCUACAUCACCAACUUUGGAAAAGUUGAAUGAGGCAAGAAUUCGUACUAUCAUGUGUACGGGGGAUAACAUAUUGACCGCUAUCAGUGUCGCAAAGGAAUCGAAACUUGUUACCGACAGCAAAUGUGUCAUUUACAUACCAUUUAUUGAAACGAAGGAUGAUCAGCAAUACAUUGCAUGGCAGGAUGUCAACGAUCCCGAAAAUAGAUUAGACCCUGAAACACUCAAGCCAGUAGAUAUCAGACAAGAUUCCAAUUACAGAUUAGCCAUUACGGGUGACAUUUUCAGGAUUUUAUUAACAGAACUAAAGGACAUUAAUUUGAAUCAAAAUGUGUUGAUGAAGUGUGACAUAUUUGCUAGAAUGUCACCAGAUGAAAAACAUGAAUUAGUCGAGCAACUUCAAAAAAUCGAUUACACCGUUGGUUUUUGUGGUGAUGGUGCCAAUGACUGUGGGGCUUUGAAAGCUGCAGAUGUGGGUAUUUCUCUUUCUGAAGCUGAAGCAUCUGUUGCCGCCCCCUUCACAUCGAGGGUAUUUGAAAUUUCAUGUGUUCUUGAUAUCAUUAAAGAAGGAAGAUCAAGCUUGGUUACCAGCUUUUCGUGUUUUGAAUAUAUGUCACUAUAUUCGGCGAUACAGUUCAUUACAGUUACUAUUCUUUACAAAACAGGGACAAAUUUAGGUGAUUUUCAAUUUUUGUACAUUGACUUAUUCUUGAUUUUACCUUUGGCAAUUUUCAUGUCCUGGUCGAAGCCUUAUCCCAAAUUGGCAUUAAAAAGGCCUACUGCAAAUUUAGUAUCGCCUAAAAUACUCAUCCCAUUAGUUUGCAAUAUUUUCCUUCUUUUGGUAUUCCAAAUCCUUAUUUGGCUGUGGGUCAAAAAGGAACCGUGGUAUGUCAAGCCAAUUCCCGGAAGUGACGACGAAGUUGAAUCUUCUGAUAAUACUGUUUUAUUUUUGUUUUCAAACUUUCAGUACAUCUUGAUUGCGGUGAUCUUAAAUCAAGGCCCUCCAUACCGUGCGCCUAUUCAAAAGAAUGUUCCAUUUUUGUUGAACUUGGUUGCUGCGAUAGCUUUAUCAACUGCGCUUUUUUUCGUUAAUGUGGACUCGGGCUUUGGUGAACUAAUGCAGUUGACGAAUCUUGGUGGCUAUUUUUACUAUUAUAUUCUCAUCUUGGCCGUUUUGAACUUUGUGCUUAUGGUUAUUGGGGAAAGGCUUUGGUUUCCUCGAUUUGUUAGGGUGUACAAGAGGUUGUUCCACCGCCACAAGAUUGGUAAAAGUAAGAAAUUAUUUAAAAACUUGCGAAAGGAAUUCGAUCAAAUACAGAGUGUUUAG